UGUGCUUCAAAUUCUGUGUGGUCGAGCAAGUUGAGAACAAUACUACUGUGUGUGUAUGUACCAUUCAAUUCCCACUUUCUGAAACAUCUUCUCCUCGCAGUGUUUGGGAGAAAGUGAUUAGCCAGUGUGUGGAUUUUUGGUUGUUGUUGCUCGUUUUCUUCUACCUUGCUUUCUUCACAAACGGACAUUCGAUAACUCUCUGUACACAAUCGUGGCAGAUACAACCAUUGCAGUGCUAAUCGGAACGUGGUCCACACAAGUCGGUGGAUGGUGAAGAAGUGCGUUGUAAAAAGUGUGUGUGAUGCAGCUCUACAGUCGGUUCUAUGCUGAAAUGAUCUUGAUCAUUUACUGUGCAAUCAUUUCAAUUGAAGUCAUCCACGGUGACCAUUUGGAUCCUUUCGAUUGUCCCGCUGCAGAACGGAUCGAUCUAACGGAGGGUGUCCCAGAUCCCCAAGGUUCUAUUCGAUUCGCCGGGAAUGUUUAUCCGUCCGAGAACUACACCCAACGCUCGGACCACAACCAUCGCUACAGCUGCGUGUGUGCCGUGCGCAAGUGUGUGUACGUGUGUUGCUAUCACAUUAAUCGAACGGAAUGUGAACAAUCGGCCCUGCCCUUAAAUCGAACCAGCCUAAACCGAGCGAGCUGGAGCGACGUGGACUUGCUGGAGGAGGUUGAUCUACGGGAGAGCAGCGAGUACUGGCUGAUCUAUGCGACGCCACCGGCCUGGAGCAGCAUGCCCGGCUACUCGCUACAGAUCGCGGGCCACGAAGGUGAACUUAUUAAUGAUGGAAGCUUUGCGUAUGGGGCGAAAGUGUACGCGAGCAGAACGUACUGCAUAAAUCCCGCCGAAGAUUCGACGCCGCACGUGUGGAUAAUGGAAACGGACGAGCAUCUGGAGGUGCACCGGUGGCAUUCGCUGGGUAUGAUCAUCUCCAUACCGUUUCUCGUAGCAACGUUGAUCGUGUACGCUCUUAUACCGGACCUACGUAACAUCCCUGGGAAGUCGCUGAUGUGCUACGUCUUAAUGCUGAUGGUUAGCUAUCUGGCACUGAUACUGAUCAAGCGCAGCGUGUUCGAUGGUUCACCCGAUUGGUGUACGGGCAUCGGGUACGCGUACUACUUUUCGGUAAUGUCAAGCUUCUUCUGGCUCAAUUUGAUGGCGUUCGACAUCUUCUGGACGUUCGGUGGCAGGCGACGACGGACGACUGAUCAGGGGAAAUUUCUACUGUACUGCUGCUACGGGUUUGGCAGUCCGUUGAUCUUCCUCGCGAUCGCACUGGUGGCGGAUCAUACCGAUCUGAUGUAUACGAGCCUGCGUCCAGGGUUCGGAGAUGGCCAGUGUCUUUUUAAGGGAGAGCAAUUUGUAUCAUUUUUGUAUCUGUACCUUCCGUUGGUGCUGCUGGUGAGUGCCAAUCUGUUCUUCUUCAUCAGCACUGCGGCAAAGAUCAACAGCAUAGAGCGCACUACAGCGGCCGCUCUUCAAGAAGAGUCGGGACGACACAGCAAGUAUACGAACGAACGAAAUAGAUAUGGCCUGUACGUCCGACUGUUCGUAGUGAUGGGUGUAACAUGGACGUUUGAGUUCAUUACCUGGUUCGCUGACGCGCAGAACUGGCUAGUGUAUGCGACGGACGUUUGUAACUGCAUCAGCGGUGUGUUUAUUUUCUUCCUGUUUGUGUGGAAGCGCAAAGUGUGGAAGUUGCUGCAACAGAGGCUUAGCGGUAAGGAAGUGCAAAAACGCAACCAGGCACUGUUUUCGGUGAGCGGUACGAGAACCACUAGCUUGGCACCGGGCCGCAAACUGUCCACCUUAAAGAUGGAUACUUCCAGUUUCUAGUGGUGUUUAGAAGUGAAUUUUUUUCGGUUCCCAUUUUCAUGCCAAGUGCCACGAAAGUGGAGGUAAAUAGAGUAGAUCCGUUGUAUGCUUUGUUUUGUGUUAUGAGCUAAUACCUUGUAUUCGAUUUAUUGAACAACAGUUAAUCGUCAAGAUAUCACCAGGACCUCAAUUUUGAAGGCACAUAGAAUGAUCGAAUGUGUAAGGUACAUUUACAAUUACAAACUGUUUCGUAGCCUUAAUUAAAAAAAAAAUAUUCAUUAUCAAAAAAUUCAUAAGAACAGUUAGCAUUUCAGCUAAAAUUUCAAGCUAUGAAUCCUCAAUUGCUUACUAUGAAUCCUCAAUUGCGUAGCCUUAAUUAAAAAAAAAAUAUUCAUUAUCAAAAAAUUCAUAAGAACAGUUAGCAUUUCAGCUAAAAUUUCAAGCUAUGAAUCCUCAAUUGCUUACGAAGUUUUAAAUUUGUAUGGAAUUGCAUGACCAACGAUCGUCAAUAAUCGACCAUAGUGCACUGUUUGAUGUUUGAGCUAUUCUCCACUAGGUGACGCCACCAUAGGACAUGCAUCCACACCUUGGACAGUGCAAUUCACAGUUUUUGAAGUAGAAUUUCUUUGUGAACGCGUACAGAAACAUGAAGUGCAUUCUUUCAUCUUGCUUUUAAUUUAUUAUCAACGUGAUGAGGUAUAGAUUCAUAAAAAUAAACGUAAGCAAACAUCAUGCCUAUUGACUGCUUAAUUUGCUGGCAAACACAAUAGCAGCAGUUAACUAUUUAAAAGUAUAUUUCUAGCCCGUUCGGUUAUGUUUACCAAAACAAA